CGAUAGGCGAAGCCACUAUCGCGAAUCACAAACGUGUGCUGGCCUCGGACUUGAUGACGAUGAUGAUGAGCUGCUAGACUUGAUACCGUGCGGGCAGAAAGAUCCAGGGGCCAACGUUACACUCGACACGGAAGAUAUCAUUCGGGAGAAAAUGCGCAAGCUUAGCGGGGCAGGCCGUAACGUCACGCUCUUCGGCAGCCAGCUACGGGAGCACGAAGCGUUCGAGGUGUUUACGAAUCAAGCCAUCUUCUCGCAGUACAUGCGCCUCGACCAGUCGGUGGUGGCCGAGAGUAACGAGAAAUUAGAGGUUAUACGCGCAUCACAGCACCAGCAAGGAACGGGGAACGAUGCUCAUCCCUCGCAAGCGUUCGCCGAUGCCAACGAACAGCUCCUGCAGCAGGUGAGCGACGUGCAACGGAUUUUCGCAAACUGCGAGCGAACCCUGCUCGACAUGACCAACAUCGAUCAGCUGUUGCACGAAACAGUGAACAGUUCCCCGAAACUACCCAACUCACUGGCGGCCAUAAACUGGGAUGAAGAGAUCGCUCCCCCUCGAUCGGAACCCGUGUCCGUUAAACCCUCUGCCAAUCCGCGCCUGUCGUCGCUCUUCCUAGAGAAGGGUCCAUUUUUCGGGCUUCCGCAAACGGUUCGGCGCAUUUUGCGUGACUUUCGUGGCAUCGACGAACUGUACGAUUGGCAACGGGAGUGCCUUGCCUUGCCGGCGGUUCAGGAGCGGCGCAACCUCAUCUACGCCCUACCCACGAGCGGCGGCAAAACGCUCGUGGCCGAGAUUCUCAUGUUGCGUGAAGUGCUGUGUCGUUUGCGGAAUGUAAUCUUUGUCGUUCCGUACGUUUCUCUCGCCCAGGAGAAAAUCAUCGCCCUGAGCCCGUUCUCGGUCGAGCUGAACUUUCUGCUGGAGGAGUAUAGCGGUGGGAAAGGCCAAUGUCCUCCCCGGAGACGGCGCAAGAAGAACACGAUUUUCGUGUGCACGAUCGAGAAGUCGCUGCUGCUGUUGGAUUCCCUCAUCGAGGUGGGUCGUGCGAACGAGAUCGGACUCAUAGUGAUCGAUGAGCUACACAUGAUCGGUGAAUCGAGACGAGGUGCCUCUUUGGAGAUGCUAAUCACGAAAACGCAGGCGUUGCGGGCCGGCAUUCAGAUCGUCGGGAUGAGCGCAACGAUCGGCAACCUCGGUGAGGUGGCUCGGUUCAUGUUGGCGGACGUUUAUUGCCGUGACUUCCGACCGGUCGAACUGAAGGAGUAUGUCAAGUGUGGCGAGGAGUUAUACGAAGUGCGUGGCCAAGCGGAGCGCUCCGAGCAAGUGUUUGGCGAUAAGCGCCAAUUGCGAUUCGACUACUCGAAUGAACUGCGACGCAUCGAUCCUGACGGUAUCAUCGGCUUGAUCCUGGAGGUGAUCCCCGAACGGUCCUGUCUCUUAUUCUGUCCCACGAAGCGUAUGUGCGAGAAUUUGUGCGCCAUGCUAGCGAACCACCUUCCGGCGACACUUGCCACGCAUCGGGCGGAGGAGAAAGCCACGAUCAUCAAAUCGCUUCAGGAUGAUGGUUCGGUAGCGCCGGUCUUGCCACAGUCGUUACGCGUCGGUGUCGCAUACCACCACGCAGGGCUUACGCAAGACGAACGGCGCACGAUUGAGGACGCAUUCCGGGCCGGAGUUCUUUCGCUGAUCGUAUGCACCUCGACACUGGCUGCGGGCGUCAACCUGCCGGCACAGCGUGUCAUCAUCCGUUCACCGUACAUUGGCAAUAGCUUCCUGACGCUCAGUCGGUACAAGCAGAUGGUAGGUCGGGCGGGACGUGCCGGAUUCGGUGAAACGGGCGAUGCCAUUCUCGUAUGUGCCCAGCGAGACAUUCCGCAGGUUUGUGAGAUGCUGUGCUCACCGAUGGAUAUGGCAGAGUCGGCUCUAAUGGAGGGUGAGCGAGCCCAAUUCAAGUCUCUCAUACUCAGUGCGAUCGGGUUGGACAUAUGCGGGACACGUGACGCACUCCAGACGCUCGUCGGUAGCACGUUGCUCAGUCAACAGGCGACCCGUCGACAGCUCGAUUUGGCGGCGAUCACAGACGAAACGAUCACACAGCUGUACCAGGGGAAUGCGAUCAAAGCGCGGCACGAUAGCUGUUUGCGUAAUCCUCCCAAUGUGGUCGUGCAAAUCAAUACGGCAGAGCUCGAGGCAGCCCAAAGUCCGCAGCGUGUGUCACGCCUGUACGACGAAGGCUGCGAUGAAUCGACAAAGGCCCCGACGUUCAUCCGCGUCCACAAGGAUCCUUCUCAACCGGGGAAGUUGAUUAAAACGAUCGAACGAAGCAGUCCUCUGGAGGUUAACCGACUCGGGAAGGCCGCCAUCCGGGCCGGGUUCGACAUGGAGAAGGCGGUCCGGUACUACGACGAGAUGCGAACCUUCGGCAAACGGCUGAGCGUUGUUGAUGAGUACGAUCUGUUCUAUCUGAUCCUGCUAGAAGAUGGCCGCGAGUUGCACUUCAAAACGGAUGAUUUAAUCAUUCUGAUUAACCAACUAACGAACGAGGAGCUCCGCGUGGCCGAACGAUACCACAUUACCAACGUGCUGAUCGCCAAGAUUCUUACGCGGCGCAUCAUCCCGGAAGCUUCGCAGUCCACCGUGGUGCGCUUCUUUCGAGUGCUGAUCGUGCACGAAUUGUGGCGCCAACAAAGUGUGCAGGACGUGGCUCAAAAAUACCACGUAAGCGCGGGUUCGAUUCAGACACUGAUGAAUUCAACGGGAGGCUCCGCGUACAGUUUGUUGCGAAUGUGCGAAGAAAUCCCGGAGCUGUGGGCGUUCAAACAUCUGCUCACCGGUAUGAUCGAGCGGUUGACGCAUUGCUGCAAGCUCGAACUAAUGCCACUGAUGGAGCUACCGUCAGUGAAGCUGGGACGCGCGAAACAGUUGUACCGUGCCGGAUAUACCUCGCUGGCCUCGAUCGCCCGUGCCAAGUCGAAGGAGUUGGUAGAAACGAUCGAACACUUGAACUAUCGUACGGCGAAUCACUUGAUACUCAGUGCGAAGGCUAAACUAAUGGAACAAGUUGACGCACUUCGUGAGCAAGCGGAGGAAUAUUUAUCGCAGCUGAAUCCUUAGACGACGCUAUCGGCGAACUGUGUUCAAUCCUGGCUAUCCUCUCCGUUAGAUGGAGAGAGGAUCAGUGUACGGUAUAGGAUAGGGUAGAUAGGACAUUUUUUCUACUUCUCAAACAAGCAUUAACUCAAAGUUGACGCUUACAAGCGGCUGUGGAUCUGCUUCGCGAAGCUCACCGAUGGCGCGAGAUCCUGUCGGCAAUCCUAGAAUUUGAUUGUUGGUAAUGAAUUAGAGCUUGUUUUGGCAAAGCUCAGGAGCCCAGUGAAUAU